GCGCCAUGCACUUCCGCUUCCGGUUCUUUAUUCCGGAAGUUGCUUUCUGAAAUAGCGUGCGGUCUUUGUCGGCUUCCACCAUGGCGUACCGUGGCCAGGGCCAAAAAGUGCAGAAGGUGAUGGUUCAGCCCAUCAACCUCAUCUUCAGAUACUUGCAGAAUAGAUCUCGAAUUCAGGUGUGGCUUUAUGAGCAAGUGAACAUGCGGAUAGAGGGCUGUAUCAUUGGUUUCGAUGAGUACAUGAACCUCGUAUUAGAUGAUGCCGAAGAGAUUCAUUCUAAAACAAAGUUAAGAAAACAACUGGGUCGGAUCAUGCUAAAAGGAGAUAAUAUUACCCUGCUCCAAAGUGUCUCCAACUAGAAAUGAUCAAUGAAGUGAGAAAUGUUUGAGAAGGCCAUGUAGUUUUAGGUUUUUUGAGAUGUUCUUUGUUGGGGUGUAUUUCUAAAACAUUUUGUUUGUAUUGUUUUGAUUAUCUUCAUGUUACUACCAAAAGACAAUAAAUGCUGUGGUAUUGUUUUUAUUUAAAAA